UGUCAGUAUGUAAGUUGUCUAGAACUUCAAAGUGGUAUUGUUUUGGCUGCUCUUGAUCUUUCAAUUUUUCAAAUUAGUUCCCAUUUCAUUAUCGGUAUUCUUAAAUGUAGUAUUAUGAGUUUCAAUAUACAAGUUAGAAAAAAACAGUUACAAAGUUUGGACCAAUAUAUUUCAUCAUCAAAAGACAAAGUACAAUCUAUUCUAGAUUAUCUGGGAUGGAAUCCGAAAAAAGUUGAAGAAGCGGAUGAUAUGCUGAAUUGUCCCUUCAAUACUGCUCAUAAAAUACAAGUUGUGAAGAUUCAAAAGCAUGUUGAAAACUGUUGUGUGCUAACAUCAGGAUAUUCUCUUGAUGAUGUUUUUUUAUCAGAACCACAGCACAAUCCAAAAAGCUCAAUAUCACUAGAUAAUUCAAAGAAAAUAGAAAUAUUGAAUGAAGCAAGAAAGUCUAAUUCAAAGUUCAAACCAGGAUGGAAUGGCCUUGAUCCAGACCCUAUGACAAGUGAUCGUCUUAUCUCCACAUUUUCUACAGACGAGCGGUUGGCAAUCUAUAACUAUUGCGUACAAAACACUGAAGGUCCUCCUGAACCAAAUGAAUUUAAUAUAAAUAUGAAUGACACUGAAAAAAAAGAUUCCAAAACAUUAACAGAAGAAGAUCGGCGCCAACAAGAAAGAAACGCUAAAAGACGCAGGAUAAAAUACAAAUCAGUUCAUACAGGGCGUAAUAAAAGUCGCACUGAAGUGAUGCGGGAAUUGAUUGCUAACCAAAUGGAAAUGUAUCAGGAGUAUUUGAAAAAUAAACAAAAAGCUGAAGCGGAACUUGCCAGGCAACUAGAAAUGCAAGAUGUUGACGAACAAUUUGAUCAACCUGAUGCUUCAAAUUUGAUUUAUGAUUUUGAUAAUGACUUAACCUCCUCAGUUGACCCUACCAGGGAGUUUGUACCUAAUAUUACCAACUCUGAAAAUUAUUCAACUAUUCCUUGUCUGGAGACGUUUGAUUCAACUGACUUACAUAACUUUGCAAUGGAAACUUCCAAUUUAGAAACCAGGAAUCACACUUUAGAAAGUUCUUACAUUGAUAAUACUAGUUACGACUAUCAGGAAUAUAUUUCGAAUAUUCUAGCAAAACCACAUGAUGAAUAUGAUAAAAAAAUUAAAGAAUAUAGCCAGAAAGUUAACCAGUUGAGAAUUCUCAAAGAGAGAGAUAGAAAACGUGAUCAUUUUGAUAAAGAUCACCAUGAAAGCAAAUCUAGGAGUGCAAGAUCUUCACAUCGUGAGAAAGAUAGGAGACAUUCACAUAGAGAUUAUAGAAAUGGGCAUAACAGGAGGUAUUCUAGGGAUAGAAGAGAAUCUCAUCACAGAUCAGAAAGAAGGCAUUGAUAAUUGUUCCUGUUCAUUAAAAAAUAUUUUUUCAAUUAAACCUUUUAAGAAACAA